AUGCCCAUUGAUGUUGAAAUAGUUGUUGCAUCCUCUCCUCCUUCCCCUAUAUGUUGCGUCUCACCACCCUUAUGCUCCCCCGUUCUCCAUAAACCCUACACUCCACCGCCACGAUCACUCAAUCCCUCCGUCAUCACUCAUUACGCAUGUCGCCAAGCAACAUCAAUCGAAUGGAUCAACCUUUUGAAUCGGUCAAUACUAAACUGGACCAUACAAACACACACAUACACACCCUUUGAUGUUGUGGCUUCUGACGACAACAACCAAGACAAUUUAUGUUCCACUUCAGUAGUUAACCAAUCUAUUAUUUGUAUUGUUGGUUAUAAAAUAAGAGAGAUUUGGGUAUUCUUGAUGAAAACCCUAAAGCUCGGACUCAGCCGAUUCGCUGAUUUUUCAGAAUGGUGUUUGCAGGAAUUCCGCUGCCAGAGCCACAACGUCAUCACCUUCCUACCCCAGCAGCGCCACCGAAGCAUGAUCAAAUAUGAUUUUGGAUUUGGAAUCCUUGGCAAGUCCAAUUUUUUGGUUUAUUUUACAAUAAGGUGGUGUUUCUUUCUCAUUUUGUCAUCUUUUGAGUUGGAAUCCCAAGUUGACCGUAUGCCUAUAUUAUGGUGCAAUUCUCGUCCGGUUAGCUUUAAUUUUGGCAACACAAAUGUUUCUAAUAAUGGUGUUUACUCAUAUUCCCUUAUGGACAUUGUAAACUUAUAUUCUGGCUUACUGGUACUCAUUGCAUCAAUUCACUAA